AAAGUUGGUAAUAAAGGUGAAUGUCAAAAUAAUAGAACAUAAUAUAUUACGAACCGAAUUAAUACCUUGUGAAUGGCUGCUAUUGAGAAAGUCAAAGUCGUCGUUCUUGGUGAUUCUGGCGUGGGCAAAACCUCAUUGACGUAUUUGAUUGCACACAAUAAGCCGCUAUUAUCGCCAGGAUGGACAGUAGGAUGUUCGGUCGAGGUAAAAUUGCACAGGUACAAGGAGGGGACACAAGCACAAAACACGUUUUUUGUGGAGUUUUGGGACGUUGGAGGGUCUAACGGACACCGUAAUACAAGGAACGUGUUCUAUCAGCCUACUCAUGGUAUUAUAUUAGUUCAUGAUUUAACGAAUAGGAAAAGCCAAGUUAAUUUACAGAAAUGGCUGUCAGAAAUACUGAAUCAAGACAGUUCAAAUCCCACACAACACGUAGACGUAGAUCCUGAACAGUUUCUUGGAUCUACUCAGAUUCCUAUAUUAGUGAUUGGGACAAAGUUUGAUUUAGCUGAAGAAAAACAAAGAAAGAACCAGUACAGAAGGUUAGCUAGCAGUAUUGCAGAGCAGUGUGGUGCUGACGAAAUAUUUGUGAAUUGCCAUCAGGCGAGAUCACUAGCCCCAGGUACAAGUAACUCCGUUAAGUUAACAAGAUUUUUUGAUAAGGUAAUAGAACGACGGUAUUAUUCAAGAGUGAGCCCCUUUACGGAUAAGCGACGCUUACCGCAGUACAUAAUGUCGACUUCGACGCCGCUGUCAAGCAACAAGCCCGCUCAGUACCUGAGCCCUCGGUUCUAUCAUAUGGACUGAUGGUCUCUAUAUAAGCUUUACUGUUGUAUCAUUCCAUGUUUGUAAUACCUACUACUAUAAAGUUUGUUAUGUAAUUUA